GUUGAUUUUUGUAGAAGAAGAAGAUGAUGAUGAGACAAAAUUGCAAAGUUUUGAAUGAUUUAAAAGCAGUAACAGCUAUGGUGGUAGUUCAUAUUGCACUUACUAUAGUCAAUAUAUUGUAUAAAUUAGCUGCAAAUCAAGAUUUGAAUUUGAGAGUUCUUGUUGCGUAUCGUUGGAUUUUUUCGACUGCCUUCUUGAUUCCGCUUGCUCUCAUCGUCGAAAGGAAGAAGAGGCCAAAACUAACAUGGAUGGUAGUUUUUCAAGCAUGUCUGUGUGGAUUCUUUGGAGGGGCAGUAACUCAAAAUUUGUAUGUGGAAAGCAUAGCCUUGACAUCGGCAACAUAUGUGAGUGCUAUGUCCAAUCUCCUCCCUGCUUUGACAUUGAUUUUGGCUCUCUCUUUUAGAAUGGAGAAAUUGAACCUAAAGACGACAAUCGGAAAGGCGAAGUUGAUAGGGACAAUAAUAGUAGUAGGAGGAGCAAUGGUUCUGAGUUUCUACAAGGGUUUGGAGAUCAAGUUCUGGUCAAUGGGUACUCAUCUUGUCAAACAAAAUCCGCUGCAAAAUUCGCAAUCUAACGCUCAUGAAAAUUACUCUAUCGGCUCGUUGAUGGCGUUGUGCAGUAUAAUCUCAUAUGCAGUCUGGUUGAUAGUCCAGACAAAGAUGAGCAAGAGAUAUCCAUGUCCUUACUCAAGUGCAGCUUUAAUGUCGAUUACAGCGGCGGUUCAGUGCGUCGUUUUUUCGCUGUCUAUGGAGAGGAAUUGGAGCGAAUGGAAAUUGCAUUGGAAUCUCAUGCUUCUCAUUGCUGUCUAUUCCGGGAUAAUGAUAUCUGGAGUGGUAGUGAUUGUGAUAGCAUGGUGUGUGCAAGUGAGAGACCCCGUCUUCGUUGCCAACUUCAACCCUUUAUCGCUUCUGCUCACAGCCCUCGUCGAGUCUACGUUCCUACACAAAAAUCUGCACAUAGGAACCAUAUUAGGGGCAGGGUUGAUUGUGUUUGGACUCUAUAUGGUGCUUUGGGGUAAAGCCAAUGAAUUGAAACUAAAAUUAGCUCAAUCAACUUCCCUUCAAGUUCACACAAUUGAAGUUGUUACUCAAGCUGACCAUCACACCUCAAAGGAACAUUCUGACAUUAACAAACUCCAAAGUGAGGCUAAAACAUAGGAUAAAUUUGCGGUUAAUUGCAUCCUUAGUGCCCAAAAUUUAUCUAAUGUAUUUAAUUGAUACCCAUAUUUAAUUUAUAUUUUUUUACUACUUCAUGUUUUGUUUAAAAUAGUUAAAAGUGUAACAUUAUAGCUAUUGUCAGUUGUAGUGAGCAGAUAACAUAUAAACAGCAGGUAGUUUUUAUUAUUCAUAAAUUGAUCGGCUCGGGAAAUAAAUUAACUUUUAAUUA